AGGUCAGGAGAACUUUUUAAAUCCUGUAGCUCAAAUGUAACGCUGGAUUAGAUAAGUGAAUAUAUAAUAAGAUUUUAAGGAUGACUGACAUCACAAGAAGUAACUUCCAAGUUGGUGUGACUCUAAAAGGAUGCUCUCCAGUUCAGGAUUAACUGUCUUCCUACUCUUGGCUGCAUCAAGUGUGCAUGCCUUUGGUCUGCAAGCCAACUGCAGCUCUCUCAACCUCGUGGAGCUGCCUCAACUGCCCCCAAACACCACAGAGCUCCAAGUACAGGACAAUCGGCUCACCUCAGUAUCUUCAGGCCUGUUUGACAGACUGGUUGAUCUUAAAAAGGUCUCCCUAUCUGGCAACCCCUUCCAUUGUGACUGCAGGAUCCAAUACCUGAGGAACUGGUUGCUGAAGAACAGGGCUAUUGUUUCUCAGGAGCCAAGAUGUGCCAGUCCAAGCUCUGUGGCUCAGAAAGCCAUCACUGAACUUAGUGAUGACUAUUUCUCUUCCUGUGUCCCGACAAGCUGCACUGGUGGGAUUUAUAACAUUGUGAUGGGAUUAAUGUUAUGCUGCCUCAUUUUUCUGCUUCUGUGGACCCUGACACUGGCCAGAAAAUCCACCUUCAUUCUAUUCAUAAAUAAGAAACAUUCAAGAUUCACGGUUGACUCUUUGCACUCCUUGAAGCCCAAACACAGGCGGAGGCUUCCAACUGACCUGUCAGAGGUCAGUGUAGACCCUGAUGAACUGACUUGGACUGAUGAUCUAGAAAGACCACUUAUGAGCAUGGACUUACUGCCACAAGUACUGGAUGUGUUGCACACGAAGCACAAUAUAAAGAUAAAGGCCUUCUGAGGGAACUCACUACUCACUACUACAGAUGUUGUUUUUAAUGCUAAACUGCCAGAAAUAGAACUAGGUAACUGCAUUGUUUUCUUCCAGUGCAACCUAAUUUAAUAUUGAGGCAUAAAGUGGACAAGAUAAAGUAAUGUGAAAUUUUUUGGCUUAAUUCAUUGUAAAUGUCUUCAUACUCAUCAGUCUACACAGACUGUUUGCAGGAAUCUAAAUGAGGGCUUUCAU